AUGCAUAAGCUAACGAAUAAUGGAAGUGACAUAAACUCUGAUGAUUGCAAUGAAACUGCACAGGAAUGUAUUUAUGGGUUCAGUUUUCCCCAGAAGAAAAGGAGAUUCUGUUCAGGAAACUUGGAGGACAAGGACGAGGCUGAUUCCAUGAAGAGUAAGAGGCAUGUCAGGACCGAUGUGUCUAGCGGUGCUCAUAGAGAUGCAUCUAUUAAAUCAUCUGGUAAUGGCCCUAGUAAUACUCCUAGUAACACCUGCAAUGAUACCGAUUCUGAAUGUGCCUCCAAGGGGAACAGCUACAAAGGGAGGACAAAUCAAAGAGAAGAAGUGGAUCAUGGAAAUGAUUCCAGCAUGGGGAAGACAGAGAAUAAUAGACGAAUCCAAAUGAACAUUACAGGGCUGGAAAAAAAUGAAAAGAAUUGUGAACCGGUAGAUGAAAUAUAUUGCAAAGAAGAUGUACAUGAAUCAGAUGAGGAAACAAAUGAUGAGUACGCAGAGGAAAUAGCUUCUGAUGAGGGAGAAGAAGAUGCAAUCGAAAAUGAACAGAUGUCAAAUAUAUCACGAGAGUUAGUCAAGUCAGUCGAACCGUAUGAAUCACAAAAGUAUCUGCACGAUGAAGAAUUAAAUGAAAUGAUAGAUGAAGAAUAUUUCAUGGAACUAAUCCCAGCAAUACCACAUGAUAUCCUACAAGCAUAUAUCACCUGUCUGAAGACAUGUGGAUUUGAAAGAGAAGCACAAUUGCAUCGAUUAACAAACCUGUUAGGAGAUUUAAGAGAUCCCAUUUCUGUGAUUCAAGUAUUAGGUCUUCCAGGCAUGGGGAAAACAAAAGUUGUGAAAAGUUAUAUAAAAUUUAUGAAUGUGCCAUUUGCAUAUGUAAAUUGUUUAAUGGCUGUUUACCAAUCUGGGAGAUCAGCAAAAAAUGUUAUAUAUCACACUAUACUAAAAGAAUUAAGUAUUAAUCUACUUAACGAGUUUAAUGAAUAUAAAAAAGUUAAUGGUAUUACCAAUUAUUUAUAUGAUCCCACAAAGCUUGUACCGAAUCAUGUAACCAAUACAGAUGUAUUUUUCAGUGUAUUGCAUAAACUUCUUUCCUUUAGACCCGAAGAUGGAAAGGAGGUUGACAAUAAAACACCACCAAAGAAAAACAAGAAGAAACAGAAUCAGCAUAAGCAUUACAGUAAUAGUACUGAUGAUACUUGCAAAACGAGAGAGGAGGAAGAAGAAGAAGAAGAAACAAAAGCAUACACGAAUAAGCAAUUCUAUAAAGAUAAGUUUUAUGACAGAUCCGUUGUGUUCAUACUAGACAAUGUAAGGUAUCUAGUUAGAACCCAUCCAGAUUUAUUUUACGCUUUGACUAGAAUACAUGAAUAUAUUAGAGGACCAUACAAUGAUUUGACAAAAGCAAACAAAACAACUAGAGGUCUCAGCAUUAUUUUAAUUAAUAGAUCCCCUUUACCUGAUGAAAUAUUUGAUGGAUUACCUCAACCACCAACUGUCUGGUUUGAUUCUUACACAUCUGAUAUGUGUAAAAAUAUUUUGUAUCGAUUAUAUAGUAACAUGUGCUUUGAAUCACUCCUAACAUACAAUGAUAAGGAUUUGAAAAUUUACUGUAUGAAAGAAAACAAAACAGAGUUUCUUAUAAAAAGAAAUGAAGUAAUUUUAGAAAAUGAAGUUAUUUAUGAUAUUUGGUGUAGAUAUGUAGACUACAUAAUUAAUGUAUCUUAUAAAGAUUACAAGAGUGAUUUUCAUGAAUUACUUUUUGUAUGUGCCCAUAUGUGGCCUCUUUUCAUCAAGCCAAUUAUAGAAGGAACAUUAGAACCCAUUGUUGAAAAUAUGAACGCUUUACAAAGAAAUAUAGAUACACAUAUUCGUGUUGCUACAUAUAAUCAUUCUAGCCAUUUUACAUUUGAACUAAUCGAUUCUGUUUUUUUAAAUGAAAAUAAUUUAAAAAAUAAAAUUGACCUAUCCUUCUAUUCGAAAAUUUUAUUAAUUGGUGCAUACCUAGCUUCAAGAAAUGUCCCUGUAACAGACAAACGUUUUUUCAAUGCUACUGUUAAAGGUGGUGCAUUUACCAUGCCUAAAAAGAGAAAAGCAAAAGGGAAAAAUGAAUCCAUUCUAACCUUAAUUGGUCAGGCGAUUCCAAAAAAUUUUACCUUCAUCAGAUGGUUAUGCUUAACAGAUUGUUUACUCGUAUGCUUUUUUGAUGAACAAUUAACAUUGAAUAGUCUUAUAUGUCAGCAAAUAAAUACUCUUAUACAACUUGGGUUCAUCACCUUCUCCUCUACCAAUAGUUUAUCUUGUCUAGUUAGAAACAGCUUAAUGAAUGGUGUGCAAUGGAGUGGAUAUUGUGGAAGUGCUUUACUCAACUCAACAAACAAUUUCUCCUCCAUUGGAAGUAACAUUUUUUCAGAUGCUUCCAACAAUGCAUCGUACGAGUCCUUAGAUCCUUACACUAAGUUGGUUAUUCAAGUACCAGAAGAAACGAUUCGUAACAUUUCUAGAGACAUGAAGAUACCACUCGAUGAGUUGAUUCUCUGA